CCUUGGACCUUCAGGUGACCAUUCUACAAGGCGGAUUUCGGGACAGGCAGCAGCAAUUAAAUUCUCGCUUAAAAGAUCUUAAGAACGGGGAAAUUGACAAAGCAUGGGAGCACGAAACUCCACCCUCUGCCGGGGAGUGCCACCCGCGGUCACGUCAAUGCCCGAGCUGCAGGAGGACAACAGGUCACAGCCGUCAACCAUGGACACAAAGACGAUUAAGAGAUUUGGGGGCCCGUCCGGGAUCCCAAGCUCCGGUCACUCGGCAUUCUUGGAGAAACAGAGAAGGUGCACCUUGCUGAUUUCGGCGAUCUCUAGUUUCCCCUUGUUGCUGUGGCGGCUUUGGGCGAGCGUGAUCUAGACGGACAGACCCUGGAAACAAGACGGGAAGACGUGGCGGGUUCAGUUGGGUAACUCUUGUGCACAAGACCCGGGUAAGGAAAGGUCUCUCGAGAUAUAUCUGGGCUACCGGGGAUUUGCAACAGUAGCUGUUGCAGGAAUUGCCGCGUGGGUAACGGCCGAAUUAACUCGACCAGGUAACUCUGUGCACAGACCAAGGUAAGAAAAGGACCUUUAAGUAUUGCCUUGGUGGUCAGGAACGUAGGAGAAGUACUGGGGAAUUGACGAUGUCUAAAAAUAACAUAUGAUUGGCCACAUUGAUUUGAUGGGAAAGGAUGUCAACCUGAUUUUAGCAGCCAGCAUUAGACCGGUUGUUAAGAAGGUAAAUGCCCCACGAAGGUCAGGAACCUGAAGUGGAUGUGGAAGAAGGUGACACCCGACCCCAAAGAUCAAUUAAAUUUUUUUAAAAAUGGGAGGCAAGGGAAGUUGUCUCUAUAAAGAUCGAUCUACAGAUAAUGUUAAACUUGAAGAAAUUCCGUCCGACAGUCCCUUGGGGAAAAUGUUGGGAAAUUGGGAACACAACUCUCGGACGCGGGGGAAAGAUAAAGUUAUAAUGAUAAGGUAUUGUUGUUUUGUCUGGACACAAGAAAGUAUUAAGAAAUCUGAUAUCUUUUGGCCCAAAUAUGGGUCCGAUGAAGAUUGGCUGUGCCAAGACUUAAAUAUAUAUGUUAAUAGCAAAGAGAAACAAAGCCGACAAGAGGCUGAUUAUGUAGUCUGUUGGAUAGGGAGCCAAAAUAUGUUUGUCUUAAAAAAGAAAGAAACGGAGGAAAAGGAUGAAAAACCCAAAACUCCCAGUUGGGACCCUUUGUCAAAUUUACCUCCCCCUUAUUACAAUAGAAAUGAUGGACCGCCAUCCCCCAGCGACAGUCGACCGUCGCCCCAGCCCUCUGCACCCCCAGCAGAGGAAACCCCGGAAGAGGAAUCUGAAAAAGGCCCAGAAGAGGACUCCACUGUGAGUCAGGUUAAGACACGAUCAGCAGUAAGGAAAGAAGAAAGGGAACAAGGUGGGGCAACACAGGUAUAUGCUUUCAGAGAGGUCUCCAUUGGAAACGGCGAAAUUGGAUAUGUUAAUGCGCCGCUGACCAGUGGGGAGGUCAGAGCCUUUAAAAAGGAAAUGAAAAAUCUAAUUGAGGAUCCCGUGGGAUUGGGGGAGCAAUUAUACCAGAUUUUGGGGCCAAAUUGGUAUACCUGGGGGGAAAUGAUGGCAAUAUUGGGGACGUUAUUCUCAGGAGAAGAAAGGGGUAUGGUCAGAAGGGCGGCUCUGAGGGAAUGGGAAAAGAGAUACCCUCCGGGUGAAGAAGUAACUCUGGCUGAACAAAAUUCCCUAAUACAGAUCCCCGAUGGGAGGGCAUGAAAGCACAUGAUAGGGGAAGCAUGAGAGACUUUUGGGAAAUGGUGAUCUUGGGAAUUAAGGAAGCAGCGCCAAGAUCACAAAACUUUGUUAAGGCUUUUGAAGUAAGGCAGGAGAAAGACGAGACCCAUUCAGCGUUUCUUCAAAGGCUCAAAGAAGCCACAAGGAAAUAUUCGGGAAUGAAUCCUGAUGACCCGGUGGCGCAAGGACUUUUGAAGGUCCAGUUUGUGACAAAGUCAUGGCCGGACAUUCAAAAGAAAUUGCAGGAAAUAGAUGGAUGGAGUGAAAAACAGAUGGAAGAGUUAUGUGAGGCACAGGAAGUGUAUGUGAAGAGAGAGGACGAGAAGCAGAAGCAGAAAGCUAAAAUGAUGGUGGCGACGGUAGAUGAAAUAACAAAGAGGAGAUUAGGAUCGGGAGAUAAUAGAAAGGAUAAGGAUAGAGGAGGACACGAAAGACAAAGGUCGGACAUCUGGGGAAGGAGGCAAGAGGCGGAUGUUACCAUUGUGGAAAAGUGGGGCAUUUUAAAUGAGAAUGCCCUGGACUAACGCGGGAAAGGGAAACUGUUUCCCUAAUGACAUUUGAUGAGGAAUAGGGGUGUCAGGGGUUCCUUCCUCCUGAAACCCACCGGGAACCCUUGAUAAAUCUAAAGGUGGGACCUGAAGGGGAGGAGGCAGUGUUUUUGGUGAACAUGGUCAUCCCUAAGUUUUAGACCUACCGCUGUUAAAUUGACCAAUAAGAAUCUCAGAGUUUCUGGAGUAAAAGGUGAAGAAUUCUUGGUGCCUAUUUUUGAGCCAACGCUAAUUAGAGUAAAUAAUGAGGAAGUGACAGGACAAUUAUUGUAUAUUCCCGACAUUGGAAGUAAUCUAUUAGGUAGGGAUUUGAUUAUCUUGUUAGGCUUAAAAAUUGGGGUGGAAAAUAGUGCAGUGACCGUAAAGAUGGCCAUGUUAACACCUAGCGACGAAAAACAAAUCAGCCCUGAUGUAUGGGCAAGACCGGGUAAUACAGGGCAUCUAACUAUUACUCCGGUAAUUACGUUGAUUCAGGAGAAUAAGACAGUUUGGGUUAGACAAUACCCCAUAUCACUGGAAGGUCGUAAAGGUCUGCAACCAGUUAUAGAUUCUUUGUUUAAAAACAGGAUUGUUAGAACCCUGUAUGUCACCCUUUAAUACCCCAAUACUGCCUGUCCGUAAACCAGAUGGAACCUAUCGAUUAGUGCAGGAUCUCAGACCAUUGAACCGAUUGGUUCGAACACGAUACCUGGUAGUCCCCAGGCAAGAUACCAUGUGACCACCGCUGGUUUAGUGUAAUAGAUUUAAAGGAUGCAUUCUGGGCCUGCCCUCUGGCUCCAGAAAGCCGUGACAUGUUUGCCUUUGAGUGGGAAAACCCAUACACUGGUAGAAAGCAAUAAUUCUGAUGGACGGUACUUCCCCAGGGAUUCAGAGAAUCACCUAAUCUAUUCGGGUAAGCACUGGAACAGAUUCUGGAACAACUUGAGAUGCCUAAAGGGACGUCACUGUUACAAUAUGUGGACGUCCUACUUGUGUCAGGACGAAAGAGAGAUGACGUGAGCUUGGCCAUCAAUAGGCUGUUAAAUUUCCAAGGGCAACAAGGUUUGAGAGUAUCUAGAAAUAAAUUGCAAUAUGUAGAGAAAGAAGUGAAAUAUUAGGGCACCUUGUUAGUGAGGGUACUAGGUGAAUUAACCCCGAGAGAAUUAAAGGAAUUGUAGAACUACCCCUCCCGCCCAUCAAACGAGAAUUACGGAAGGUCUUGGGGCUAGUGGGCUAUUGCAAAUUAUGGAUAGAAGCAUACGCCCAGAAAACGAAGGGGUUAUAUUAUAAAUUGACCGAAUCUGAACAUGAAAGAUUACGCUGGACAGAAGAGGAAAAGAAAGGGUUACAUGAGUUAAAGCGUAGUUUAAUACAAGCUCCGGUGCUGGCCCUUUCUUCCCUCGAGAAACCAUUUCACCUUUUUGUGACAGUAAAUGAUGGAGCAGCCUUAGGAGAGUUAACCCAGAAGGGAGGGGGAAGGAGGCAGCUCAAAGCCUUCCUGUCGAAGAUCUUGGAUCCUGUCUCGAGAGAAUGGCCUGAAUGUACACAGGCAGUGGCAGCCACUGCCAUACUGGUAGAGGAGAGCCGUAAACUUACUUUUGGAGGGGUGCUAGUCGUUAGUACCUCCCAUCAAGUCAGAACUGUGCUAAACUAAAAGGCAGGGAGAUGGUUGACAGACUCACGAAUCUUGAAAUACGAAGCCAUCCUGAUGGAGAGAGAUGACCUCGUGUUAGCAACAGAUACCUGUCUAAACCCAGCUACCUUCCUAUGAACGGGUGAACCUCUGGACAAACGAGAAUUAGAACAUGACUGUUUAGAUAUCAUUGAGUAUCAGACUAAGGUUAGACCAGAUCUAAAAGAUAUUCCCUUGCAUGAUAGGGACAGAUUGUUUAUAGACGGGUCAUCAAGAGUGGUACAAGGAAAAAGACACAAUGGAUAUGCAGUAGUGGAUGGUAACAAGAACCAAACAGUUGAGGCUGACCGGUUGCCUAACACAUGGUCGGCCCAAACUUGUGAGUUGUAUGCAUUAAACUAAGCUUUAAAACCACUAGAAAAUCAGGAUGGGACAAUUUACACCGACUCUAAAUAUGCCUCUGGGGUGGUGCAUAUCUUCAGAAAAAUAUGGCAAGAAUGUGGACUAAUCGAUAGCUGGGGAAAGGAAUUAGUACACGAAGAGUUAAUAGGAUAAGUGUUGAAAAGUUUGGAAUUGCCACGAGAAAUAGCAAUAGUUCAUGUACCGGGGCACCAAAAGGGGAACACUCGAGAAGCAAGAGGAAAUAGGCUUGCAGACGAAGCAGCCAUAGAGGCAGCUAUGAACCUUACAGUAACAAAUAUACGGGUUCUCACACCCCUAGUGGAGUCUCCUUCCGUGAACCCCGUGUACAUGAAGGAAGAGGAAAAAGAAUUCCAGGAGAUAGGAGCCACUAAGACAAGUGAAGGAAGAUGGAUUCUCCCGGAUGGGAUGGAAAUAUUGAGUAAAUCAGUCCUGAGAAACAUUCUAAAUACCCUGCACCAAGGCAGUCAUUGGGGCUCUCAAGCUCCGUGUGACAGUGUUAUGGAAGUACGGAUGUAAAGGGAUAUGCACAUUAGCCAAGCAGGUAUGCUCAGGAUGCCCGAUUUGCCAAAAGAUUAAUAAAAAGGUAACGAGGAGAGCAAAAAGGUGGAAGGAAUCCCGGGAUAAGACCUUUUCAGAGCAUACAGGUCGACUAUACAGAAUUACCCCCCAGUAGGGAAACAAAAGUACUUAUUAGUCAUAGUAGACCACUUAACUGGGUGGGUGGAAGCUUUUCCAAUGUCUUCAGCUACCCCAAAAGGAGUAGUGAAAACACUCCUUGAACAUAUCAUCCCACGAUAUGGAACAGUGGAAACUAUAGAUUCAGACCAAGGUACCCAUUUUACUUCUAAGACCUUACAAGGGGUAAUACCAGGAUUAGAAAUUUCAUGGGAAUUCCAUACUCCUUGGCACCCACCCUCCUCUUGACGGGUGGAAAGAAUGAAUCAAACCUUAAAGAAGCAAUUAUCAAAGUUAGUCCUAGAGACUCGAUUACCAUGGACUAAAUGCUUACCUAUUGCACUAUUACACAUGCGGACGGCCCCGAGGUGUGAUAUCGGACUUUCUCCUUAUGAAAUGAUGUUUGGGCUGCCAUUUCUGGGAGGGAAGGGAGAGGUAUCCACAGCCGAGUUUAAUGAUAAAUUUUUGAAAAACUAUACUGUGGCACUUGGCUCUUCAUUAUCUGUGAAGAGAAAAUGAGGUCUGCAGAUGCUGGAGAUCAGAGAUGGAAAUGUGUUGCUGGAGAAGCGCAGCAGGUCAGGCAGCAUCCAGGGAACAGGAGAAUCGACGUUUCGGAUUAUAAGCCCUUCUUCAGGAACUAAGAGACUAUUAAUAAGAGACUAUUAAUAGUUGCUG